CACUCGGCUGUUCUGUAACGCAGCGAGUACCACCGUCAGCCAUCUUCACCAUCAUCACACAUCAUCGUCAUUGUCAUCAGUCCUCCGCGCGCCGCCAUGCCUGAUCUCAACUCGGUCCCGCCCUCCCCUCAUUACCUCGCGAACGCGUCGCGCCAGCCAUCUUCGCAACAAAUGCCGCCGCCGCCCGCACCCCGUUCGCCCUCGCUGCAUAUCCUCCCGUCGAACCAGGGCACGGUCAACGCCUCUGCCGCGUCGUCGACUCUGCCAUCCCCGCGCGUCCCCUCAGCGAGCUCCUUUCCGUCCCUUCCGGCCCUCCCCAUGGGCGACAACACCGGCGUCGGCCCCGGUCCAGGGCCCUUGCGGCACCCGCGCCCGCUGACGGCCGCCGAUCUCCACCUGCAGCUGGAGAAGGAACAGGAGGCGGUGGUCAACCGUCUCACCCGCGAACUUUCGAUCCUCCGCGCAGCCCAAAACGCCUCGGUCGUCUCGAACGCCUCCUCCGCCUCGGCGAGCACCUCGGCUGCCGAGCCCGCCGCCUGGGCCGACGCUUCGCACAGCAGCCUCGGAACCAGCCACUACCAGCCCGUCCGCCACCACCGCACCUCCUCCAGUGCCAGCGCCCGUAGCUUCACCGCCAACGCAGGCUCCGUGUCAACCGCAUCCCUGGCCGGCAUCUCCUCGCCCGUGCCUGUGCGCCCCGCCGCCCAGCCCGCCAUGGCUAUUCCAAUUGGCGGCGGCACGGCCCUCAGCCGGCAGAACAGCAGCGCCUCCCGCCGCAGCCGAGCCGGCUCGCCAUCCCCGGCCUCACACUCCCUCUCCGGCAGCUACACACAGCAGCACCACCACCACCACCAUCACAACCGCAUGGGCGGCGAGCCCAGCUCCCUACCAUCCGGCUACUUUACCGCGCGGCCGCCCGCGCCGGCCCCGCCCGUGCGCUCGCACUCGGGCAGCAACACCGCGACAACCCCCGCCUCCACGGCCGCCCCAAGCGAGCUGUCGCCCGGCAUCCUGCCCGCCACGUCGCGCUUCGAGGAGACGGCGCUGCGCCGCGCCGAGCUGGAGGAAAUCAAGCGCGAGAACGAGGCGCUGCGCCGGCGGGUACGCGAGCUGGAGCGCUUGGUGCAGGACGCCGCCGCGGCCAAGCGGACAGAGGAGGGCAGCACGGACGAGCAGCAGCACCAACAACAUUACCACCACCACCACCAAGACGACGACCAUCAUGGGGCUUGGGCGUCGCGGCCGUCGGAGGAAGGACGGUUGCGAGCUGUUAGCGCCAGUGCAUUGAGCUCAGCUGGGAGCGUGACUGUGGGGCUCGGGGUCGGCGGCGGCGGCGGCGACGUGCCUGAGGGGGAGGAGGGGGACGAGGUCGUGCGGGUUGGGGAGAGUGCUGCGAGUGCAGGGUUGGGAAGGGGUCGAGGGAGGGUGAGGGAAUAGCGUCAUGUUGGCGGUAUCACGGCUCUCGAGGGCGUUCUACUGAGCCUCUUCUUUUAUCUUCCUGCUUGCUUUUUUUUUUUUUUUCUUUCCUCCCGUCUU